UUCUUUAUAUAUAUAUAAGUAGUAAAGUUUAAAGUUAUACUUCGGGAAGGUAUGGUUCAUUCGAGGAAAUGAAAGGUUAACCUAUUUUUUACUAAGUGAUUGAAGAAAAAGUUUUUACUGUGUUUCAACAGUGAAACUUAUAAUGAGUAAUACAAAAGAAAAUUCUACGGCUCCGGCAAAAAAUACAACAACAGGCAAUACGAAACCUUAUGGAAAAAUCGUGCUAACACUUCAAAAUUGUCUUUUACCUGAAGAAAAACUCAACUCGACGCCGUCGCAUUUAGAUGGAUUAGACGCAGAAACCGAAACUGAUCUAAGAAUAUUAGGAUGUGAAUUAAUUCAGACAGCUGGUAUUUUAUUGAAAUUACCACAGGUUGCAAUGGCCACAGGACAAGUUAUAUUUCAACGAUUUUAUUAUAGUAAAUCGUUAGUUAGGCAUAAUAUGGAAACAACUGCAAUGGGCUGUAUCUGUUUAGCUAGUAAAAUUGAAGAAGCACCUAGACGUAUUAGGGAUGUUAUUAAUGUGUUUAAUCAUAUUAAACAAGUUUCUAGCCAAAAGCCAAUACAACCAGUAAUACUUGAUCAAAAUUAUGUAGCCCUAAAGAAUCAAGUAAUUAAAUCUGAAAGGAGAGUCCUAAAAGAAUUAGGUUUUUGUGUUCAUGUAAAACAUCCUCAUAAAAUAAUUGUUAUGUAUUUGCAAGUAUUGGGCUAUGAAAAAAAUCAUGCUUUGAUGCAACAAUGUUGGAAUUAUAUGAAUGAUUCCUUAAGAUCUGAUGUAUUCUUAAGAUAUCAACCAGAAACUGUUGCUUGUGCAUGUGUAUAUUUAGGAGCAAGACAACUUCAAUUACCUUUACCUACUUCACCUGCUUGGUUUUCUCUUUUUAAAGUUAAUGAAUCUGCAAUUAGAGAUGUUUGUCGUCGUAUAUUACGACUUUAUUUUCGACCUCGUGUUAAACCAGAACAAUUAGAAAAACGCGUAGAGGAACUUCGUCGACAAUAUCAGGAAGCAAGAACCAAAGCAAGAAGUGGAGAUGUCGAUAGCCAUACACCUAGCCCACCACUGCCCAAACAUCAUAAUGCUUGGGGUGGAUUCAUUAGUCGUAGCGGUACUCAUGCUGCACCCGAAAGAACAAAGUCACCUAGGCGUUCGAAAUCACCAAGUACUUCACCAUCUAGAGGUGAAGGAACAAAGCAUUCCAAGAGAAAAAAACAUAGUAGAAGCAGAUCUCGCAGUCAUAGUCAUGGACGAUCUCGAAAACCGAAAAAAGCGCAACGAAGACGAUCCGGCAGCCACAAAUCAUCUCGUAGUCGUUAUAGAUCACGUAGUCGAUCUCGAGAUAGAGAUGUAGAAAAAUCAAGUAAACAUCGCAGUAAACACAGACGACAUUGAAUUAUUUAAUGUACAAAAAAUCAUUAUACAUAUAGAUAUUGCAAAAAAGAAAAAUUACUGCGAACACAUGGGCUGUCACAUUCAAUUUGUAAUAUAAUAUGGGGCCUUUUUUAUCUCUGUUAAUUAAUAUACAUUUAAAUAGAACAAAUAAUUUCUACUGUAUGGUACAUAUCUUGAGUUAAUUUAACAAUGAUAUAACAGUAGAUUUGAAAUAAAUUAUUUCUAAGAAUGUUGAGUCAAAGUACCUCAAAAUAAAUGGUACAUUCUUGAAAAAAUAUUACAAGUAAUGAUACUUAAAAGAAAGCGUGUAUUUAAUACAAAACUUGAAAAUAAAAUUUUAUAUUCAUG